UCCGCAAGAGCAAGAAGCAGCAGCUGCGGAAGAAGCAUGACACUUCCCCUUUGCAUAUGAUUAUUGUUUUCAUUAAAUUUCUGCCAUCAUACAAUGACGGAUACAAGGAGGCGGGUCAGCAUGCUCGGGGUGACGGUGUGCGGGCAGGAGGAUCUCCAGGACCUGUCGAUGGAUGAAAGCCACUACAGCCUAUCUACCGGGGUCCUGCCUUCGCUAGGAGCCAGGAGCAACCGCAGGGUCAAGCUCCACAAGUUCAUCGUCUCCCCUUACGAUCGCUACUACAGGACAUGGGAGACUGCACUUAUUGUUCUGGUCAUCUACACUGCGUGGGUGUCCCCGUUCGAGUUCGGGUUUCUCAAGAAGCCCGUCCGGGCAUUGUCAAUCACGGAUAACAUCGUGAAUGCAUUCUUCGCGGUGGACAUAGUUCUCACCUUCUUCGUGGCAUAUCUUGACAAGAACACUUACCUACUCGUCGAUGACCACAAGAAAAUUGCUUGGAAGUACGCGACCACGUGGUUCGCUUUCGAUGUCAUUUCAACUAUUCCCUCAGAGCUCGCACGAAAGAUCUCCCCACCAUCUUUUGGGUCUUAUGGACUAUUUAACAUGCUACGACUCUGGCGUCUCCGGCGGGUGAGCGCCUUAUUCUCGAGGCUGGAAAAAGAUAGGAAGUUCAACUACUUCUGGGUCCGAUGUGCGAAGCUCAUCUGUGUCACCCUAUUUGCGGUUCAUUGUGCUGGAUGCUUCUACUAUCUUCUUGCUGCUCGGUACCGUGACCCAGCAAAGACAUGGAUAGCCAAUAUUUACGAUGAGAGCUUGUGGAUCCGUUAUGUGACCUCGAUGUAUUGGUCAAUCACGACUUUGACAACGGUUGGAUAUGGUGAUUUGCAUCCUGUGAACACAAGGGAGAUGAUCUUUGACAUCUUCUACAUGAUGUUUAACCUUGGGUUGACAGCUUACUUGAUCGGCAACAUGACCAAUUUGGUUGUCCAUGGGACAAGUCGCACAAGAAUAUUCAGAGAUACAAUUCGAGCGGCCUCGAGCUUUGCUCAGAGGAAUCACCUACCGCCUCGGUUGCAAGAUCAGAUGCUUGCGCAUCUCUGUUUGAAGUACAGGACAAACUCCGAGGGGCUGCAGCAGCAAGAGAUUCUCGAUUCUCUCCCUAAAGCUAUUCGGUCUAGCAUAUCUCAUUAUCUCUUCUAUUCCCUCGUUGAUAAUGUGUACUUGUUCCAAGGAGUUUCAGACGAUUUGCUCUUUCAGCUGGUUUCAGAGAUGAAAGCCGAGUACUUUCCUCCAAACGAGGAUGUAAUUCUUCAGAAUGAAGCUCCGACAGAUUUCUACGUACUUGUCUCCGGUUCUGUGGAAUUGUCGGUUCUAAAAAAUGGAGUUGAACAAGUUGUUCGGGAAGCUAAAACUGGAGAUCUUUGUGGUGAGAUUGGUGUGUUAUGUUAUCGACCUCAGCUCUUCACGGUUCGUACCAAACGAUUGAGCCAGCUACUUCGACUGAACCGAACCACAUUCCUAAAUAUUGUUCAAUCCAAUGUUGGAGAUGGGACAAUAAUCAUGAACAAUCUCCUCCAGCAUCUGAAGGACCUCAAUGAUCCGAUAAUGGAAGGCGUACUGCUGGAGACAGAGAAAAUGUUAGCUCGCGGUCGGAUGGACCUACCACUCAGUUUAUGCUUCGCUGCGCUCAGAGGUGAUGACCUGCUGCUAAAUCAGCUGCUGAGACGAGGUUUCGACCCAAAUGAAUCAGACAAUAAUGGGAAGACGGCAUUGCAUAUCGCAGCCAAUAAAGGUAGUGAGAACUGCGUCCUGCUUCUACUGGACUACGGGGCAGAUCCCAAUCGAAGAGAUUCAGAAGGGAAUGUGCCACUAUGGGAAGCAAUGCUAGGGGGCCAUGAGUCUGUUGCGAAGCUCCUUGUCGAUAACGGUGCAAGUAUAAGCUCCGGAGAUGUGGGUCAGUUCUCUGUCAUAGCAGCAGAACAGAACAACCUCAACUUACUCAAAGACAUCGUUCGCUACGGUGGAGAUGUCACGUGCCCCAACAGCAGCGAGAACACGGCCCUCCAUGUGGCUGUGUCGGAAGACAAUCUCGAGAUCGUGAAGUUCCUCCUUGGGGAGGGGGCCCAUAUGGACAAGCCUGAUAUGCUCGGCUGGACCGCGCGGGACCUGGCCGAUCAGCAGGGCCACGAGGAGAUCAAACGGCUAUUCGAGUCUCACAAGGAGGGCAAGGCUGAUACAGUCAUUGCGAUCCCCGAGAAGGUGCAAGUGCAUCAUGGGAUCCGGUUCCUUGGAAGGUUCACUAGCGAGCCAAACAUCCGCCCCGCAUCACGGGACGGUUCCAUGGAUGGGUCGUGGUCCCAACACCACUCGCAGGUCCGCCAGAGGCGGAGAACCAGCAAUAACUUCCACAACUCCCUGUUUGGGAUAAUCUCAACAGCCCAUAAUGGCGAGAAAGGCUUGCCGUUCCCCAUUACCAAUAACAACCAGAGCGCGAGGCCAAGGAACAAUCCAAUAAUCCAGAGCCGAGUGACCAUAAGCUGUCCCGAAGUCGGAGAAAGCACGGGGAAGCUCUUGCUGCUUCCAGCGAGCCUGCAGGAGCUGCUAGAGGUCGCGGGCAAGAAGUUGGGGUUCAUGCCAAAGAAGAUCCUGACAAAGGAAGGCGCCGAGAUUGAUGACAUAGAUGUGAUCAGGGAUGGUGACCACCUAGUCUUCUCAAGCGACUCCCGGGGGGUUUAAUACAAUCCCCGAACAGGGUGUUGGAAUUGGUCAUGGGGGAAGAUGAAGUGAAUGACAAAAUGUCUACAGUAUUACAUAGGUAAUUCGACCGAAAAGAAAGGAAAAGAAAAGGAUUCUACUGCGUAGGUAGAAGUUUAAUUGCAAUGAAAUGACUCGAGUCUUUUAUUUCUCCCUCUCAACGCCUUGAUAUCACCUUAAAUUCGACUCAUAGUCGAAUUUCAAUAGAGGAACAAAUGAUGAAAAGUUCUCUGUAUCAUUCCUCUUAUCAUUUACUGUA